UCUUCACCUGCUUGCUUCCAUCGCAUGCGGUUUUAACGAGUGCUUUGCUUCGCUUACAGAGAUGCGAUGAUACAGCACGCUGCACCAGUCACCACGUGCAUCAACUCAUGAAUGGGAAGCAAGAAAGCAACCGCCUCGUGACACAGUUGCUCUAUAAAUAACCUCCGACACAAUCUUCCUCUCCUUUUCCUCUUUCUUUCAUUCUGCACAAAAUGGCUAAUUUCUUCGCCAAGCGUCUCCUCAAAAAUAUGUAUUGUGUGGAAAAUUUACUGAAGAGGCAGGAUUCAUCAUAUCAAAGGCUUGUUUAUAGUAUUUUUUAUCGGUUUCACUCGCAGCAGUCCAAAGUGGAUGGUGUUGAAACGAGAGUAGUCAAGCAGGAAAAGAAUGAUCCUCAAGUUUCUUUAAGGUCUGAACUUGAGAACAAGGCAGACAAGGAUUCCAGCAUUAGAAAAUAUGUUUCAGAUGAUGAAUAUUUAAGCGAUAGCAAGUGGAAGUUGGAACUUGAUUGGCUGACAAAAGCACUUGAAUCAGCUCUACAAUUGUGUAGGUGGGCUCUGCCAACAGGAAGUGAAGUUGGAAAUAGACCUCCACCUAGUAGUCGAUCUAUUAUGGAGAUCAUUUCUAGCAUCCAGCGGAGUAAGAUUGGAAUUCAAGAUUGGAGUUUGAGUGAUCUAACUGUUGGCUUGUAUCUUUUAUAUCUACGUCAAGCAUCUACAAAUCCUUUUGAGGAUGUUAAUGGCGUUGAGAUAUCUUCAGAGCCAAUUGUCCAUGACCUCAUCUACCAUUCAGAGUUAGCAAAAGGUGCUUAUAAGGAUAAUGCUGCAAGUCUUGCAAGGAACAGUAUGCUUCGGGAAAGCAAUGUAUUGAAAUUUGUCAAGAAUUCCAGUGUAAUGAGGCCUGGGUAUUACAUAGGGGUUGAUACUCGUAAGAAACUUGUGAUUUUUGGGAUCCGUGGUACUCAUACUGUCUAUGACCUUAUCACUGACAUUGUUUCUUCAAGCGAUGGUGAAGUUACAUAUGAAGGGUAUUCAACCCACUUUGGGACAGCAGAAGCUGCUCGUUGGUUUCUUCAUCAUGAGAUGGGAACCAUAAGGAAGUGCUUGGAGAAAUAUGAGGGAUUUAGGUUAAGGUUAGUGGGACAUUCUCUUGGCGGUGCUACAGCUUCUUUACUAGCAAUUAUGCUACGAAAAAAGUCUCUUGAGGAGCUGGGUUUCAGCCCUGACAUUAUAUCUGCUGUUGGAUAUGCAACACCACCUUGUGUUUCCAGAGAACUUGCUGAAAGCUGCUCCGAUUUUGUUACUACUGUUGUUAUGCAGGAUGAUAUUAUUCCUAGGUUAAGUGUAGCCUCUCUUACAAGGUUGAGGAAUGAAAUUCUUCAUACUGAUUGGAUGAGUGUAAUUGAGAGGGAAGACUGGAGAAGUGUCAUAGAUUUGGUUUCAAAUGCGAAGCAGGUGGUGUCAAUGAUGCAAGAUGGAGCUCGAAAACUUGCUGACUAUGCAAAGUUCAGGAGCAAGAUGGACUUGCCUGAUGAGCCUACUCCACCUAAUGCUCUAGAUGAACGUGUAAGAAAGGAAUCAACUGUUUCUCCUAGAGUUCCCUCAGUGUCCAAAACUGCACCUGACAAUUCUGUUGCUGUUAAAAAUGGAGGAACUGCUUGUACCGUGCCUGAGGAGUUAUUUGUACCAGGGACUGUUUAUUACCUAAAAAGGAAUUUGGAUCCUCAGAGUGGUGAGCCUGGCAAAAGGAGGGAAUUUUUUACACUGUGGAAGAGGCAUCCUGGUGAACAUUUUGAGAAAAUUGUUCUUUCAAGCAACUUAAUAUCAGACCACAAAUGUGAUAACCAUUAUUAUGCCUUGAGAGAUGUACUCAAAGGUUUGCCUGGGUCCAAUGAUGAAUCUAUUUUUUGAGAUAAAUGAAAUCUAAAUGCUAUGACAAUUUUGUAAAAUUAUUAAUAAAAAUUAUAUAUCAAUUUUUCC